AAUGGAAGAAGGAUAUAAGCGACUGCAGCAAUUGAAGGAGGAUCACGAGGAGCAUCAAAAGAAAAUUCAUAUAAGGCAAAAGGAGAUAGAAAUGAAGAGGGAACUACUGAAAGAAGCAGAGAGAAGAAGAAAAGAGACUAUAUCAAAACUCCAUAGCCUGUGGAAAGAUGUGGAGAACAAUCGACAAACCUUCAUGCAGCAUCAUGAUGCUUUCUCGCACAAGUCCAAGCUUCCUGAGAUUGUCAAUAAAUACAGGGCAGUGUUGGAUAAAGUGUGUUCCAGUCUCGCAGCUCAGGCAGCAGAAAAUCUCCCAGACAUUGAUCACCUGGUGGCCAAGUUUGAGGAGGACAAGCAGAAGAGUCAACAUGCUCUGACCUUCCUUCACAAGCAGAUUGAAGAAACUGAUCAGAGAAUCAGACUUGAGGAACAACAGCAGAGGGAACUGGAUAAAAAGAAAGCUGCUGAUGCUGCGAAUGUGAAAAAACAGGAACAGGCUAUGGCACAAGACUUAUCAGUUCAGUCACUAGCUGUGAUCAUGGUUGAGUCUGAGAACAAGUCCAGACUGCUGGCAGAGAUGGAAGCUCAGAUCAAACCUUUCAUUGACAAUGCCAAGAAUAAAGCAUUUCGUUUCACCAUCCAGCGUGUUGUAAAUACCCCAAUCAACGCCAUCUCAGAUUACAGCGGCCCUCAUCUAAUAGACAAGAUCAGGAAGCUGAAGGAUCUGCUAGGUGGACAAAAGGUCAGAGAGCUUCUUCAGGAGCACAACAGCAAGAAUCCAGGGAACAUCCUUCCUCAGACUGUAGCUCAGGAAGCACACCUCUUCUGUCAGAACCUUGUGGCCAAAAUGCUUGUGAAAAAAGGUGAGGAGCAGGUGACCUCGAAACACGAAUCAGCUUUUCCUAUCGGCAUUGUAGUUGUGGCCCUGUGGGUGGAAUUCCCCAUCGUGGGUGAGCUGUUCCAGGCACACCUGCAGACUCUGUGUCCCUAUGUCUUGCCUAAAUAUGCAGUGCACCAGAAAGGCCAGUCCAGUAUAGAUUACCAUAAGUCACUUGGUUACAAAGUUUCUGAGGACGGCACAAUCGAGGAGCAGGACAAAUUCCUACGUCGCAUGUCUGGUCUCAUGAGACUGUAUUGUGCAUGCAUGGUCGCCCCGUUACCCCCAGACGUCAACUCCACACAUCCACAUGGACUUGAGAAUGCCUGGAAAUGGCUGGCACGGACUUUGAACCUGGAGCCACAGCCUGACGUGACGGCGGCAAUGAUCUUCGACCUUUUGUCUGUGACUGGUAACUUCCUGUUUAAAGAGUAUCGAGUCCAGUUUGCCAAAUUGCUUCAUUUAUUGUACAAACACUACCUCCCUAAAUUGGAGAGCGUAUCUGUUACAAGUGGGACAAUCGGUAGAUUGAAAAUAUUUCUAGAGACGGCCAUGCAAAAUGCUGGUAUACCUCCGCCUGAUGGGUUGUUGCUGCCAGAUUUCUUCUUCAAACCACCGGAUCCUGUAUCUUGA